AUGGAUGAUCGUAUGAAUUUGGUUGAUCCGAUAGAGGUCCUGGAGGAGUAUGAAAAUGAAAACUCUAUUGGGAUUAGCCAUGUAGAGCCCAUAUCUGAUGAUGGUGGAGACACUGCAAAUACUGAUGCCCCUAAUACUGUCUCUACUGAGGGCCCAAUAGAUGUUCAAACAGUAGUCAGUGAAAGAAAAAAGAGAAAGAGGACUUCCAAUGUAUGGAAUGAUUUUGUCGAACUUGAACGAGAUGGGACUAAACAGCCUCAAUAUGUGCCUACAAGAUGGAACAGCACAUAUUUAAUGUUAGAUGCUGCAAUUCAGUUCAAAGAAGUUUUUCCUAGAUAUGAUGAUAGAGAUAGUAGUUUUGAAUGGGUUCCAACUGUUGAAGAGUGGGGACAAGUUGAAAAUGUUUGUCAACUACUUGCUAUUUUCAAUGAAGUAACCAAUAUUGUAUCCGGAAGUGAUUACCCAACAGCAAACUUAUUCCUUUCUGAAGUUUGGAGAAUGAAGGACAUCUUAGGUAAGAAGAGUAGAGAUGAGAAUGAAUACAUGAAAUCAAUGGUAAGGAAAAUGACUGCUAAGUUUGACAAAUAUUGGGGGGAGUGUAAUUUGUUGAUGGCAAUCACUGCGGUGUUAGACCCUAGAUUCAAAAUGAUCCUGAUCCAAUUCUGUUUUCCUUUAAUUUAUCAAGAGCCGGACGCUUCUAAGAAUAUUGAUCAUGUCUCCCAAGUAUUGCAUGAGUUAUAUGAUGAGUAUGUUCAUGAAUACAAUUCAACUCUUGAGGCACAAAUAGAGCAGGAAAAUGCUCGAAUAAAUGUAUCAAGUUGUUCCUCAAGUGUUGGGAGAAACAUGCAGAGUGGCCAGUCAUUAUUUAAAUCUUUUGUUAGAAGUGUUGAUACCGUGCAUCCUAAUAAAUCAGAACUGGACAAUUAUUUAGAGGAGAGUAUAUAUAUCUGUGAAGAGGGUUCAGAUGCAAGUUUCGAUGCCUUAGAAUGGUGGAAAGCAAAUAGUCUUGAAUUUCGAACUUUGUCCAAAUUGGCCCGAGAUAUAUUGGCUACACCAAUUACCACAGUUAGCUCAGAAUCAACAUUCAGUGCAGGAGGCAGAGUAAUUGAUCCUCAUCGAGCUUCAUUGUCAACUGAAACUGUCCAGAUGUUGUUAUGUGGGUCUGAUUGGGUUAGAGCAUUAUAUGGGCUUAAAAGAUCAUCAACAAAUUCUGUGAACCUUCCUUCGUCGUCCUGCGCUAUCUUGCACCAGGCAGGCUCUCUACAACGUGCUGCUCGCCUUACUUCCACCUUGGUUGCACAUUGCUUGGCCGACAGCCUCCUUGUUGCUAGCAUUUUGCUCAUGUGA